GAUGGCUCUGCGGCUCAAGGCGGGGAGAGUCUCGGGGAGCGGUAGCCGGCGGCAGGGAAGCGGGGGAGGCUUUGUCUGGGUGACGGGGUCGCUUCCUUCCAGAUUCUCCCUCCAGAAGGAAGCCGAAGGUGUGGGUUCUAGUUUCCUUGCUACGAAUGCUCUGUAUGUGACCUUGGACAAGCCGUUUGCCUUCUCCAGACCCCUCUUCAGUACAAUGAGCCGGGGCACCCGGUGGUCUCCGCGCUCUCUUCCCGCUCAGUGAACCUCGUCUGGCCUCGGAACGUAAGCUCCUCCGGGCCCAGAGCCGCGCAUGCAGGCGGCGCUCAAUAAAGGCGUUUCUUAUCUCUGGCGGAAGGAGGGGAGCCUCGAACCCAGCGCCUGAGCUCCCCCUGAGCCUGGUGCAGGCCCGAACGGACGCAGGGCACGUUUUUAGGCAAACGUCGUAGGUUUGUGCUUUGUGGCCUCCGGGGGACUGAUUCCGCCCCACCUCCCUGCACACUGUGUGCACGGGCGCCCCACCUUCCCACGUAUCUGCUCACCAGUCUGCCCGCGCGUGCAGGACUUCCGACAGCUGUUAUUCUCCGGACCCAGGGGCGCCCAAAGGGGAUCCGUAAGAAUGGGUUGUGUUUUUCCUAAAUGUUCCACUUUGUUUCUCCAAGCCUGACCCCAGAAGGCCUUCCCGGCAGCCACCUCUGCCUGCAACUCCAGCAUGCCUUUCCCCUGGGGACUCUGCCUGAUGCACCGGAGCUGGGCAAGACCUCUCCGAGGGACAGCCCCUCUUCUGGGCUCCCCGGCCCGCCGCCUGACACUGAGCGCGCCAAGGAGAAUCUCAGAUUUCAAUAGUUUUGUUGUUCGGACUAAUACUUGUGGAGAAUUGCGUUCCUCUCACUUGGGCCAAGAUGUCACCUUGUGUGGAUGGAUUCAAUACAGAAGGCAAAGCCUUUUCCUGAUCCUGAGAGACUUCCAUGGACUCAUUCAAGUCGUCAUUCCCCAAGAUGAGUCAGCUACCUCUGUGAAGAAAGUAUUAUGUGAAGCUCCCAUAGAAUCUGUUGUUCAGGUUACUGGAACUGUUAUCUCGCGGCCUCCAGGGCAGGAAAAUCCAAAAAUGCCAACAGGUGAAAUUGAAAUCAAAGUGAAAACAGCUGAACUUUUGAAUCCUUGCAAGAAGUUGCCCUUUGAAAUUAAGGACUUUAUAAAGAAAACAGAAGCUCUUCGUAUGAAGUAUCGCUACUUAGACUUACGUAGUUCCCAAAUGCAGUAUAACCUAAGACUGAGAUCUCAGAUCGUCAUGAAAAUGCGGGAAUACCUCUGUAAUCUACAUGGAUUUGUGGAUAUUGAAACACCAACAUUAUUCAAGAAAACUCCAGGGGGUGCAAAAGAAUUUGUGGUACCAUCAAGGGAACCCGGAAAGUUUUAUUCACUUCCUCAGAGUCCUCAACAGUUCAAGCAGCUUUUGAUGGUUGGAGGUUUUGACAGAUACUUCCAAAUUGCCCGUUGUUAUCGAGAUGAAGGUUCUAAGCCAGAAAGGCAACCUGAAUUUACCCAGGUUGACAUAGAGAUGUCUUUUGUAGACCAGGCUGGAAUCCAGAAAUUAAUUGAGGGCUUGCUUCAGUAUUCGUGGCCUACGGAUAAAACCCCUCUUACUAUUCCUUUCCCUUCUAUGACUUACACUGAGGCUUUGAACUUAUAUGGGACUGAUAAACCAGAUACUCGCUUUGGAAUGAAGAUUGUUGAUGUCAGUGACGUAUUUCGGAAUGCAGAGAUUGAAUUUCUUCAAGAUGUACUUAAGGAACCCCAAGGCACCAUCAAAGCCAUAUGUAUUCCUGGAGGAGCAAAAUAUUUGAGAAGUAAAGACUUUGAGACCAUUAAGCAAUUUGCUGUUGACCAUUUUAAUCAGGAGGUUUCACCCGUAUUUCUGAAGACCAGUGGAAGUGGGAAGUCUCCACUUACUAAACUCUUAAAGGAAGAGGAGAAAUCAACCCUAAUCAGACUAAUGAGAGUCCAAGAAGAAGAUAUGCUUCUGUUAGCUGCUGGAGAACAUAAAAAAGUGUGUUCUGUAUUAGGAAAAUUACGCCUGGAAUGUGCUGACCUUCUGGAGGCCAGAGGAGUAGAGCUUCGUGAUCCAGCUCUGUUCCACUUCCUCUGGGUGGUAGAAUUUCCACUCUUCCUUCCUAAAGAGGAGGAUCCCACAGAACUAGAAUCAGCCCAUCAUCCAUUUACCGCUCCUCACCCCAACGAUGGCCACCUUCUCUACACUGAGCCAGAAAAGGUUCGAAGCCAACAUUAUGAUUUAGUGCUGAAUGGCAGUGAGAUAGGAGGUGGUUCUAUUCGAAUUCAUAAUGCAGAGCAGCAACAGUAUGUCCUGGAAACAGUGUUAAAGGAAGAUGUUAAAAUGCUCUCUCACCUACUUCAGGCUUUAGAUUUUGGGGCACCACCCCAUGGAGGAAUUGCUUUAGGGCUAGACAGAUUAGUGUGCCUUAUCACUGGAGCACCAAGCAUAAGAGAUGUCAUUGCCUUUCCAAAGUCCUUCCGGGGACAUGACCUGAUGAGCAAUGCCCCAGAUUACAUGUCUCCUGAAGAGAUAGAGCCCUACCAUAUCCAGGUCAAGAGCCCAGAAGUCACAGACAGAAAAGAUGUCAAGUCUGUCAUCUCUGAAACUGAGUCUUCACAAGAGUUGGUGUUCCCGAGCCUUGCCAAAGCUGAGAAUCCCUAGGCCAGACUCCUGAACAUUAGGAAAGAAGGAAGUCUGGCCCAUGACCAGAGGGCCAGUGAAGAAGGUGUGCAACACAUGGAAGGUGUCUCCUCUCUCAGUCAUAGAAUCCAGCAUUGUCACAGACAGAGAUGCUGGGCCCACUGGGUGGCUAGGAUGGCUGCUUUGUGCCCACUCAUCAUGGUUCUCCAGGGCGUUCUUUGUUCUGGCCAAAAAUGGCCAGAAUUGUGUCCGGUAGAAAAUGCUGCAAUCAUGGGAUUUGGUGAUUCAAGCCAACACAAGGUCUUAUCCCACAGUGGAACUAUCUAAAUUGUGAUGUUUCACUUGCAGUGUGGAAAAGGAAACUGGGCACCAGGCAAGAAAUCAGUCAGGAGGCCCAGCUCUAGGGUCAGGGGCCCCAAGAUUAUCUCACACUCAGCCAGGAUCUUUAUCUGCAACCUAAUCAUGAUACCAUUGGCCUAUCUCACAAGGUAGUUAUGAGGAUUAAAGGGAAAAUUAAAGUGUUCUGCAUCUAUUAAGUGCUAUUAUUAACUACCAAAAAUACAUAUAGAGGCAGCUAAUCAGUUGUAUAACUAAAGCCCAAACAAAAAUGAAUAACAGAUUUGUAAAUCAACUGUUUUAUGUUGUUUAAAAAAUACUAAUUUAAUUACUAAAUGUAAACCUCUGGAUUAGAAGCAUCAGGAAAUGAGGUACUAAUUGAGAUUUGAUGACAUAGAAAGAACAUGUUCUGACUACCACACUAGUGGUAAUCUUGUGUACCUCGGGGCUUACUUAACUGAUACUCACCUACCAUUCCUAAGUUACCAAACCCAGAAGAGUUUGUUGUGAGAAAAACAUUUCAUGGCCUAUAAAACACAGCUCUGUAAAAGUGACCUUAAUGGUACUAAUGAAAAGAAGAAAGUUGGUUCAAUUAAUUAAUGAUUAGAGUUGACACUAGAAAUAUAAACAGGACUGUGAUUAAUUAUACUUCCCCGACUUAGCUUAAAUUGGAUUAUAUGCAUUUGGUCCAAAAUUUUACCUUCCUUUUUUUCAUUAUAUUACAGCAGUUGAGAGAUAUAAAUCUUGGGCUUAUGAUCUAAUCGGCUAAAAAAAUAUAUUUUUCUGGUGAAUAGAAUUUGUCUUUGAUUCUAUUUUGAAAUGUACAUAACAUAGAUGGAGUUAAACUACAGAAAAGUUGGCUAACCAGUAGGUGGUGCUUUUCCCUCAAGUUUGUCUUAAAAACAUCUCGCCUAACUUUGGUGGGCACUUGGUGAACAGAAAAUUUUUAAUGGAUUUCAAUAGUGACAUCAAAGUUAAUUGUGUUUUUCCUUCUUAGUAUCAACUAAAGGUUUUUCUGAAAUGAACUGAAAACCUUCAUUAGACAAUAAAGUCCUAUUUUUUCCCAUUA